AUGGCGGGCCAUUUGUUAAUGACACUUCCUUUUCCUAAGCCGGAACCUCUUCUGAAGGCCUUUCAGGGAGCGUUUCCGGACUUGAAGGUUACGUUUUUGCGUCAUGAAGUUAAGCCGGCUGAGGCCUUUGUCAAGCAGGACAUGUACAUCCCACCAGAAAUCUUGCGUGAAGCAACACACUUGAUGACUUUUGGCGUUGUCCCUGAUCCAGCUGAUGCUCCUAACCUGCGGUACAUCCAUUUCAGCGUCGCCGGAACUGAUCACGUUGCUCACAAGGCGGUGUUUAAGGACCCAAAGAUUACUAUUACGACUUCGACGGGCGGGCCUAGCAUUGCUCUUGCAGAAUGGGUCAUGGGAUCUAUCCUUGGAUUGACUCGCCAGCUGUUUCAGUAUAAAGAUUUGCAGAAUAAGAGGACUUGGGGGAGCUCGGCGCCGCCUCCGUUUACGUUGGAUGGGAAGAAGAUGGGCAUUGUUGGAUACGGAUCCAUUGGCCGACAAGUGGCGCGUCUGGCACAGGCUUUCAGUAUGGACGUUGUUGUCUACAACUCUCGCCCGCGUCUUACAGCCGAAGAUCGCAAAGACCGAAACUGGUAUCAAGCUGGCUCCGGCGAUCCAGACGGCACGAUUCCAAGCGCUUACUUCCACGGCCAGUCUCGAGAAGAUCUUCACAAGUUUCUCUCUCAAAAUUUGGAUAUUUUGGUUCUCGCCCUUCCGUUGACGCCGGCUACGAAGCACUUGAUUGGCGAAGAAGAGCUUUCUAUCCUGAAUGCUAACAGCCCUGCUCUGUUGGUCAACGUUGCGCGUGGCCCGGUCGUUUAUCAAGAGGCGUUGAUCGCGUCGUUGAAGAAGGGAGCGGCUGGUGGUGGCCUUUUGGGUGCGGCUUUGGAUGUUACGGAUCCGGAGCCUUUGCCUACGGAGAGUGAGCUGUGGGGGUUGCCGAAUGUUUUUAUCACGCCGCAUAUUAGUUCUGUUACGACGCAGACGGUUAUGCGGGCGUAUAAGAUUCUGCAGGAUAAUCUUGUUCGACAAUUGAAGGGUGAGGAGUUGUUCAAUGUUAUUAAGAAAGGGAGCGCAUGA